CCCAUCGUGGGACAGAAUUUUGACAAUAUCAGCUGUCAGGUCGACAGACGUGAGGGGACAGGUCUGAAUGAACGACAGGCGUAAACAUGAACAAUGGAUGGACCUGGUGAGCGCAACUCUCCAAAAGACGCACCGAAAGACGCUGAGAUGCUUCUGGCUUUGCUGUCGCACAGUGAGGAGCUACGGAAAGAGAUCCCAGUCUGUGCAGGCUGCAAUCAACACAUCGUCGACCGCUUCAUCCUCAAAGUGCUGGAUCGCCACUGGCACGGCAAGUGCCUAAAAUGCAGCGACUGUCAGGCGCAACUGGCGGACAAGUGCUUCAGCAGGGGCGACAGCGUUUACUGCAAAGACGACUUCUUCAAGAGAUUCGGAACCAAAUGCGCAGCGUGUCAGCAGGGGAUCCCGCCCACACAGGUGGUGAGGAGAGCGCAGGACUUCGUCUAUCAUCUGCACUGCUUCGCCUGCAUCGUCUGCAAAAGGCAACUGGCCACAGGAGACGAGUACUACCUGAUGGAGGACAGCAGGCUGGUCUGCAAGGCAGACUACGAGACCGCCAAACAGAGAGAAGCUGACUCAACGGCAAAAAGGCCACGGACCACCAUCACUGCGAAACAGCUGGAAACCCUGAAAAACGCCUACAAUAACUCACCCAAACCAGCACGCCAUGUCCGAGAGCAGCUAUCAUCGGAGACGGGCCUGGAUAUGCGUGUCGUGCAGGUUUGGUUUCAGAACCGACGAGCCAAAGAGAAAAGGCUGAAGAAGGACGCCGGGCGGCAGAGGUGGGGGCAGUACUUCCGCAACAUGAAGAGGUCAAGAGGAAGUUCCAAAUCUGACAAGGACAGCAUCCAGGAGGAGGGGAUGGACAGUGAUGCAGAGGUGUCCUUCACAGAUGAACCGCCCAUGUCGGACCUCAGCCACACUAACGGCAUCUACAGCAGCCUGAGCGAGUCCUCUCCAGCCAUGGGCGGCCGCCAAGGAGGCAACAGCCACGGCUCCUUCCCGCUGGAGCACGGCGUCCUGCCGUCUCAGGACCAGUUCCACGACAUGCGCUCCAACAGCCCCUACGGCCUCCCGCAGUCGCCCGGGUCGCUCCCGGCGCUGCCCAGACACCAGCCUCUCAUCUCCAGCCUCGUCUACCCCGACUCCGGCCUCUCCAUCAUGACCCAGGGCGGCGGCGGCGGCGCCGGGAUCAACGCCGGCGGGAGGGUCUCCAUGGCGGCAGCCAACGGACCCAGCUCAGACCUGUCCACUGGCAGCAGUGGUGGAUACCCAGACUUCCCCGCCAGUCCCGCCUCGUGGUUAGACGAGGUGGACCACGGCCAGUUUUGAUUGGUCGAGGACAAGAAACCUGACAUGACUUUUUUUUUUUUGUUUUGUUUUGUUUUAAACUCUUGUUUUUUGUGUCUUCUGUCGGGUGGAUUUUAAAACUUGGAAAAUAGUCACACAGGACAGCGACUGUGUGAAGGACUUGACUCUCUCCAAAACCCGACCUAUUGAUUCAUUCAGUAUAUCUAAACUGAGGAUGAACGUUAAAAGCGCUCGGCUGAUUAAUUGUUCUUCAGUAGAAAGACUGUAUGCAAAGCAAGAAAACUCUCUAUAGGCUCUUUUAGAAUAAUGUAGAGACCACAGGAAUGAACUAAAUAAAGUUUAGACUUUAAGUUAUUUGCAUUUUCACCAAUAGUCUCUUUGUUAACUACAGCUACAGAUUUCAAUUCAACAUUCAGAGUCUUUAAAUGUCUGGUUGUUGCCAAAUGUCUAUAUAUAAAUAUAUAAUGGUUUAUCAUUGUGGAGACUUUAUUUUUAUACAAACCUCUUCUUGAACAUGAAUAAGAGCACGGACAUGAGGACUUUGUACAUUCUUGAACAGGGAAAUAGGGGGGGAAAAAUGUAGAUGUUGUCUUAAAAGG